CACGUGAUCCAGGUUGCAUCGGUCCAAGCCGACACACCAGCUGCAGGUGGUUGACAUGCAGUACCAAGUAGAUCCAUCGUCCUGUAAUCCCGUGUGUCCGCAGGUCUUGGUGGAGGGCUUGAAGCUACAGAACACUGAAGUUAUCGAUUGGAUCAACGGCCAAGUACAGUACCUCUCGAAAUUACGACGGCUGCAACUCGACAUGUCAGACGGACCAGCGAACGGCCCGCAGCCUCGUCAGGUCAUCCUUUGGCGAUCACGAAGUAACGGUACGGUCAGGGUCAGCGAUAAUCAUGUAGCGGACGGCACACCAUUGCCUGUACAGACCAAUCAGGUUGAAGCCAGUGACCUGCCUGAGAUUGCCUCAAGAGGAGACCUAGUCGUCGGCCGGCCUCUGCCGCUCGAAAUCAGACUGCCUCGUGAAGAAGCUCCACCAGUAUUAGAGACCUGUCCGUACUGCUUCCAGAUACUGCCACAGGAUGACGCAGAAUCCUCCAGUAAUCGCUCUCGGACUUAUAGCCAGUCAUGGGACUCUGAAAGCACGGCAGCAGCUUCCGUCGCUGCGCCUCGCAGCCACAUCCUGGGAGAUCUGGAUGAAUCAAGAAUUCUAGCGGUGGAUCCCUUGCGAAAGAAGAAGAGAACCCAAAUGCUUUUGACCCGGCCGUAUUUUCGGAUGCUCGAACGGGUCGCUAUAGGAGAUGCCCCAUCCGGUACAUCUAGCGGGCCGUCAAGCUUUCGAGGUACUCGGGAAUCCUCAAGACGCAGUUCUAUCGAUAGGGUUGUUGAUGGCGACGCCGACGCUGCCGCCGAUGGGAGCCAAGCGUUUGCCGGAAUGGAAGGUUAUUACAAACGGUUCUUCGUCGAGGAGAAGCGUCUUGGGAUGGGCGCUCAGGGCACGGUCUACCUUUGCCGUCAUGUCGUCAACGGGAAUCUGCUAUCAUAUCACGCCAUCAAGAAGAUAGCGGUUGGCAAUUCGAAGGAAUACCUAGCAGAUAUGCUGAGGGAAGUUCGGUUGCUGGAAGGUCUUCGUCACAAGAAUAUCAUUCCGUAUGAAACCGUUUGGGUGGAGCCUGCCAGCUUCUCGAGGUUGGCCCCUCCUAUCGAAGCUCUGCACAUACUUAUGAUGUACGCGAACCUUGGGAACAUCGACACCUACAUAACUGCACGCCAUUCGAUGCCCGAAGACGGACAAACUUUCGAUAUGUCAGGACAGGCAGACUCGGAAGCAGAACCGCUAUCAAAGGAUGAGAUGAAGAAGCUAUUUAAAAGGCGUCGUCUCAGUUCGAGAGCUGGCGAGGGUAGUGCCGCUCGCCGUCAGGAUGUCCGUGGGAUCUUGCUCUUCAGUCGGGAAGAGAUCGAAAGCCUGUUUGGUGAUAUUUUGGAGGGACUCGAAUUCCUGCAUGCGAAAGGCAUCGUCCACCUUGACUUGAAGUGUCAGAAUGUUCUACUUCACCUUUUCGACGGCGAUCUGAUCCCAACAUGCAUGAUAUCAGAUUUUGGGAGCUCACGGGCCGUGUACCAAUAUAGCGACCAUAGACGAACGGGAGAGACCGGGACUAUGGAGUAUCUCGCACCGGAAACUAUCACUCCGAACAAAGAAGGGAAAUUCCUCGAAAUGGAUUCGAAACUCGAUAUUUGGGGCUUAGGGAUGAUCCUGCACAGAAUCCUAUUCUUCAGCCUUCCCUACGGCGAAACGUCAACGUACGAUGAACUGAGUGACAAAAUCAAGCGAUAUCCAGGGUAUAAAGCCAGUCCGGAAACACGAAGGGCGUUCCGAAGACGCGGUAUUCCGGUGGAGAUGCUGGAUGUGCUCGAAACGUUGCUACACGUGGAUCCUGCUCGACGACCGAAAGUGUCGAAGUUACUGAAAACCUGGAAAUCGAUUCAGCUUCAGCGUGAUACAUCGCCGCCUGUCGCGGUCGAGUUGGUCAAGGGCGCAGACGAUUUUGCUAGCCCGCACAAACAUGAUCCUCCUGUUCUGAAUCCGCCCGGAAAUAGAACUCUGGCACUACCUCCACCGUUCAAGGAGAAUAAGCUUUUGACCUUACGAGUUUGGGAGGGAUGUCUCCAAUACGCAAUAGCCGCCAUAAAAAUCAUCACCGCCGCUCCGCCAAUACGUGCCAGGCCAUUAAGCCCUGCUAGGUUCUACUUGGUCGUUCUCCUCGCUUUGUUCGAUCUGGCGCAGAGCCACGUGAAAACCUCAGUAGUCCUUGGCACGGCUCAUCUUGUGCUCAUCAUGCUGGGAUAGUACCAAGUCAGCUGCCGAUGCCGUUGGAGACGAGACUGACGAAUGUACAAGUUUAACGAGCGCAGAAGAAAUCUCAAAAGCGUAAACAUUCCAUAUCACAGGGAUUCAUAUUGUAAAUAUCGCAUUAAGAGUCAUCAUGAGGAGUUCGUAAUAUCGACACCAAGCCCGUCCGCCGUCGUAGC